UCUGCUCUUGCGCGGAGACGGUCAUAAUUCAACCGCUCCCAUCCUCUGCUCUCCUCCCCGGCUGGUAUUGUGCUCUGCUCAUUCAGUGCCUUAAGCAUCCUCCCUACGCCACAGACACACGCUGCAACGCUUUUUUGAACGCUUCAACAAAAGGACAAGAAUGGACAAAAUUGCUGUCGCAUACAAGGAAAAGAUGAAGGAGCUGUCUGUGUUCUCUCUCAUAUGCUCCUGUUUUAACCCGAGACUACACAAAAACCUGGACUCCAAGUCAGAAUACAUGGAGGUGAAGCCCAUAAACAAGAGGAUCUCGGGUCAGGCCUUCGAGGUGAUCCUGAAGCCCCCCUCUCCAGUGUCAGACGUGGCGCACGGCAUCACGUCCCCUCCCAGGAAGAGGGACGUCUCUCUGGAAGACAUCCAGAAGAAACUGGAGGCUGCCGAGGACCGCAGAAGAUGCCAGGAGGCCCAGGUGCUGAAGACUCUGGCGGAGAAGCGGGAGCAUGAGCGCGACGUGCUCAUCAAGGCCAUGGAGGAAAACAACAACUUCAGCAAGAUGGCCGAGGAGAAGCUCAUUUUGAAGAUGGAGCAGAUCAGCGAGAACCGUAGGGCCCACCUCGCGGCCAUGAUGGCACGCCUGCAUGAGAAGGAGCGGCAUGCUGCGGUGGUCCGCAGGAACAAGGAGAUGAGAGAAGAACUCACAGCGUGAACGUGUCCUCCUCUUCCUCGCUCCCUUCAUCAGCCCACCUAUCCUCCUGUUACACACACACACACACACACACGCAGUACUAUCUAGUAAGUAACAAACUCCAACACAGUUUAAAUGGUCUUGCUUGAUUUAAUAGAUUAUCACUCACAAAUUUUGUAAAUACAUCAUUUUUUAUAUCUAUCUAUCUAUCUAUCUAUCUAUCUAUCUAUCUAUC